UCAUGAUGAACAACGACAGCCCUGUAAUGAUAGCAGCGAGAGGGACUUCCCCCCACCUCCCCCGGUCCUCACAUGCACAUUAUUUAUGCGCACUCGCUCGCACACUCUCUUCAUCCUUUCCCGACCCCCAACACUUUCUCUCCAUCUCUCUCUCUCUCUCUCUCUCUCUAACUCUGACUACUGCAAUGUCAAACGGCAGCAACAGCCGGAGGAGGCUCCUCCUCAACACAGUCGCCGUCGACGUCGGCUGCAGCUGCCGGAAGCCCAAGCUCUUCCUCCACUCCCUCCUCAAACCCAGCUCGAAGCCCAAACCGUCAUCCUCCUCCUCCUCCGCCUCCGCCUCCGCCUCCUCCUCCUCCAACCACCACAGGCGCUUCCUCUCCCACUCCCACUCCUCCUCCACCACCACCGACUCCCCCUGUGCGGCCGCUGCCGCCGACCACUCCCUGCAGUACCUGCUGGACGCGGAGGCGGACGUGGCGAGGUCGGCAAAGGCGGUGAGGGGGUUCGGGAGGAUCGACGAGGAGGGGGUGGCGGUGGAGAAGGAUUCGCACGACCCGUACUUGGACUUCCGGCACUCCAUGCUGCAGAUGAUCCUGGAGAACCAAAUCUACACCAAGGACGACCUCCGGGAGCUCCUCAACUGCUUCCUCCAGCUCAACUCCCCCUACUACCACGGCGUCAUCGUCCGCGCCUUCACGGAGAUCUGGAACGGCGUCUUCUGCGCCCGCCCCGCCACCGGCCACCACUCCCCUCUCUUGCACUUCGCUCCCAAGUCCUGGGAGUUUUAGGAGGGUGGGUUGAGGAAUCGACUAACUGUCCGCGCCGACGAGAUAGCCUGUCGCCGUCGCUAUGCAAAGCAAACCCAGUCUCUCCGUGUAAUUGUGUUUAACCGUUAACAAUGUUAGUUGAACAUGCUCUAGUUUGACCUCGCAGUUAGGUUUGUCUGUGUAUGAAGAAGGCAGAACUAGUUCUUCUUAGUUCUUUCUCGUGUUAACUUUUUCUUUUCUUUUCUGGGAUUUUGAGGUUCUUGCGUUUGGCAUGCAACUGUGACUAUCAUUACAGCGCCGAAAAUGGAGAGCUGCGUGUUUUGGGAGGUUGGCCAUUAAAGCCGACCUUCGUUUUCCCCUUUUGUGUUUUUUUUUUUUUGGUAUGGAAAUGAAGUGAGACUGGAGAUGGUUAGAU